GAGCGUUUGACCUUCCUCUGCCACGGGAGCCAAUGGCGAGUCCCGUUGGCGCUCUCGCUCAGCCAAUCAUACGGGAAGACGAUCUUUGAGGGCCGGGCGGGAAAGGGGUUGAGAUUUUGAAUGUCGAGAAAAGUCUGAAAGAAUGAUGGCUGAGAUGAAAGAUGAUAAUGAUGAGCUGGCAAUGCUUGAAAAAGACAUCAAAGAAUUUUGGACAAAGUUCAAAACUAUUUGUUGCCAUGGACCUAUUGAUCAGGUUUUGGGGCUAAGAGACUCGUGGUAUGAAUCCAUAAACAGUCUUUCAGAUAAAUGGUCUAAAAGACUGAAAGAAGGGGAUGAAAUUAUCAACAAAUUUCAUGAGUACACCAAUGAAGUCUGUGUGUUGAAUAAAUCAAUCGAAGAAAAGCAAGCUAAAAUCUCAACAGCUCUUUCUAAAAUUACGGACGAGGAAAAGGAGAAGACAGACUUGAUGAACAGCAUUCAAGAGCUGAAGGAAGAAUUAAUCCAAAACAGUAAAUCAAAGCAUAAAAAAGCAGAAGAAACGGAGGAAAGACUUCUUAAGGCUGAAAAAUUAUUCAAAGAGAGGCUUGGGUUAGAAAUACGAAAAACAUGCGAUAAGCAUUUGCAAUUUGUAUUCCGCUGCAUUGAUCAUAAAGAUUUCCAAAAGCCGUACAUACUUACUCUUUCCAUAAAUGAAGAGGGAGCUUACGAAGUGGUCUCUUGUUCUCCUCCCUUGGACUGCACAGAAGAACUGCAGCAGAAAGUGAGAGAAACCAACAAUUUCUCUGCGUUUAUUGCCAAUGUUAGAAAAGCCUUCAUUGCGUUGACCUACAAAUAAAGCACUGCUUAUUCUCUAAA